AUGGCAGCCACAAAGGAGGAAGUCGUUGCCAAGGUCACGGAGUACGUCGAGGGCUACAUGGCAAAGUACGACGCCUCACACGACUUCAACCACAUCAGGCGCGUUGUCUCGCUCGCCCACCGCAUCUACGCGCAGUCCCCCGCCACGCCGGCCCUGGACAAGCACACCAUCACCCUCGCCGCCCUGCUCCACGACGUCGGUGACCGCAAGUACCUCCAGCCCGGCGAGGACGCCUCGACCCUCGUCUCCGCCGUCCUCGGGUCCCUCGGCGUCGACCCGCAGCUCGCCGCCCGUGUGCAGACCAUCUGCCUCGGCGUCAGCUACUCCAGCGAGAUCAAGGACCCGGCCCGGGUCCGCGCGUUGAUCGCCGAGCACCCGGAGCUGGCCGUCGUGCAGGACGCAGACCGUCUGGACGCCAUCGGUGCCGUGGGGGUGGGCCGCUGCUUCACCUUUGGCGGCGCAAAGGGCUCGCGGAGCAUGGACGAUUCUAUCGUGCACUUUGAGGAGAAGCUGGUCAAGCUCGAGGGCAUGAUGAAGACGGCUCCGGGCAGGGAGAUGGCGCGGGAGCGAACAAGUAGAAUCCGGACGUUCAUGGAGUGGUGGGAGGACGAGGCAGGUCCCGUGAAUGCAUGA